GUCAUGUCAGACAUGGAUAAAUUAAAGGAAAUUGGAAGUAAAAAGUUCCAAGAACAAGCCAUAUGGAUGCUUAAUGCAAUGUGGCCAAAAGACCAAGGAAAAAGUGCAGAAGAAUUAUGGAAUUAUGUUGAAUUAUUUGCUAGUUUAGAUUUAGAAAAUGGUAAAGAAGGAAGUGAUCUUGAUGAAUUAGGAAUGCACAGAGUUUUUGAAAAAAUUCAAAAACAACAAACAAUGCAAGAAAUGAGAAAUCAUUUAAGAAAGGUUGGUGUUACUUCAUUCAAGAAAAUUUCAAUGAUUAAUUUCUUAAUUUUUAUUUACGGAUAUGAUUGGGCUGAAGUUGUUAAUGCUCCACAAGGUGGAAAUGCAGAGGGAAUUGAAAAAGCUAAAAAGAUGUUAGAAGAAGUUACUAUUGCAUUUGAAGAUGCACAAAAGAAAGCUCAAGAAUCUAAAGCAGCUGCUGAUGAAUCUAAAGCUAAAUCUGCUGAGGCUAAAAGAACUGCUGAAUUGGCUGCACAAAGGGCUGCAGAAAGUGCUCAAGCCGCUGACGCUGCUAAUAAAGCUGCUGAAGCUGCUAACAAGGCUGCAGAAAUUGCUAAAGCAGAUGAAGAGGCUGCAAUUGCUAGACAAAAAGAAGCUCAAGCAGCAGAAGAUGAAGUUACUAAAGCUUUAAAUGAAGUUAAAUCUCAAGAACAAGCUAAAGAAGACAAGAGAAAAGCACUUCAAAAAAAGAUUGAAACUGCUGGGUUAGUUGCCAAGAAUGCUGCUAUUCAAGAAUUAGCUAAACUUGAUAAUGAAGAUGAUUUACCAUUAAGAAAAGCUAAAACAACACUUGAGGCUGCCCAAAGAAAAGCUGCUAAACCAGUAAAAUUGGCAACAGAAGCAAGAGAAAAAGCUUCUGCUACUGCAAAAGAAGCAACAGAAGCUAAGAAUAAAGCAGACAAUGCCAAGGCUGAAGCAGAAGCAGCCCUUCAAGCAGCCAAUGAAGCUAAAAAUCAAGCUGAUUUAUCCAAAGAACAAGCUGAGGAAGCUGAAGCACAAGCAGUUGAAGCAUCUAAAGAAGCUGAACAAGCAGUUGAAGAGGCAAAUAAGAAGGUUGCAGAAGCUGAAGCUUAUCUUGAAGAACAAAAGAAGAAAGCUGAAGGAUCUGGACAAGGAACUAUUUGGUUUAUGCAAAGAGAAGUACUUGAAAAGAAGAAAUUCAUGCCAACUAACAAAGGAGGAAUUGCUAAGAAAUGA